AUGGUCGAAGUAGAAAAUAAAGCUGUGGUGAUCCAGCCAAGUGAUCUUCCACCAAAGAAGACUGACCUAGGGGUGUUCACACUCCUAAUUUCCAUCAGAGACGUUCAAAUGGAGCACGCAAUGUGCGACCUAGGGGCUUCCAUCAAUAUUAUGUCGUAUUCUAUAUACGAGAGGCUGGAAGAAGCUAAGCUUGUCAAAACCGAUAUGGUGAUACAGCUAGCAGAUGGAUCUUGCAUUCACCCCGAGGGAGUUCUGAAAGAUGAAGUCGUCAAGGUAAACAAAUUCAUAUACCCCGCCGACUUCUUCAUCAUAAAGAUGACAAAGCCAGGAGCGGAGGAGUCUACCAGAGUCCUUUUGGGAAGACCAUUCCUAUCUACAGCCAUCGCAAUCAUUGACGUCCGCCAUAGAACGAUGAAUUUAGGUUUUAAAGGAGAGCAGCUUACAUUCGAUAUUGAUAAAGUUGUGAGGAAGCCACAGGACAGUGAGAGCAUGCAAUCGGUGGAUACUAUCAGACCUUCGGAGCAAAAGUGUCUAGAAAAGGAACUCUUCGAAAAACCGCCUGUUGAUUCCACUGAAGAUUAA